AUGGAUGCAACUACAAAGUUUGCUAGUAAUGUUACUUUGAUAAACGUUACAGAACAGGAGACGUUCGACGCGACGUCGCGAGACGUUUCCGGGUGGGAUUAUCCGCUGGACAGUUACUAUGAAAACACGAGGGUGCUGCUCUGGAAGGUUAUCCCGCCGAUUCUUAUUUCCAUUGGAACGAUCGGAAACGCUGUGACUAUUUUCGUGCUGCUUCGUCAGAAGAAAAUAACGUCAACGGCGAUGUUUCUGUUUGCUCUGGCGCUUUCAGAUACGCUCAUCUUGUUCAGCGCACUUCUGCCACACUGGGUGUUCUAUACCUGGGGCGUUGAUAUCCGGUUGCUAAGUAACCCCGGGUGUAAAGCGAUAGUCUACCUUGCCUACUGCAGCACCCAGCUCUCCUCGUGGCUGAUCGUGGCUGUCACGCUCGAGAGGACAGCUUGUGUGCUCUUCCCGCAUAAAGUGAAACUGGGCUGUUCCCCACGAAACGCUGGGUUGAUCAUCGUCACCAUUGUGCUAGCCGUGUUCGGUAUUAAUAUAAUAAUACCGGUGAUAUUUGAUGUGAAUGGAUACAAUGGCAGGACGUGCACUCCGUCCACGAAGGAAUACUACGACAUAUGGGACUACGUUUACGGAUGGAUCGAUUUCACGUUAAGGUUCGGCGCGCCGUUCCCGCUGCUACUCAUUGGCAACGUCAUCAUCGUAGUGCAGCUCGCGCGCUCCCGUUCAAGACGUCAGCGGAUGAACGUUUCCGGUCAGGCACGCGACACGCGUCCAGUGUCGAUUCUCAUGAUAGCACUGUGCGUGCUAUUCCUCGUCACGAUGACACCAAUGUCAGUCUGUUUUGUGUACAUCCCCUACCAGAGAGAGAGACUCCUGGCGCUCGCGUUAGUUGAUCCUUACACGGCCUGGUUCGGUUACCUGUACAUUCAGUUCCUGAACGAUGUUACCAUUCUGCUCAGCCUCUUCAACGCCACCUUCAACUUUGCCAUCUACGUGUUCAGCGGCUCGAAGUUCCGCGGAGAACUGAGAAGCCUGCUUUGCUGUAAGGCAACACAAGGCACCAGCCUGUUUGGAAGCUAG